GUUUAUUAUUUUGCUGAAAUAAGGAACAUGCAUUUUCUAGCCUAGAUAUGGAAUGGAGUAAGAUAUGAGAUAAGCCCGUCACGACUAUUUUGUUUUCUCUAUCAAAAAGUCUUCAUUUUUUUUCUUUCAAGUCGGCAUCAAAACAGAUUUCUUCUUAAAUUCUUCAAGUUCAACGUCAAAAAAGGGUUUCUCUCCACAAUCAUCAGAUGCAGAAUUCAAUCACAAACCCAGCUUUUUCACAUCAAAAAACCAAUACCAAACGCUUCAAUUUCUCUAUUUAAAUUCAACGCUUUCAGAAUAUUUCAGUUUCAAUCUCUUUUAGGGUUUUAAAUGGUCAAUCUCUGAAAUUCUACUUCAAUUGAUCAUCAAACAGUAAUCAUGGCUAACCCUUUGAUGGAAAAACUUCAACACAAUCGGAAUAGAAAACAAUCACUCAGUGGUUCUUCUCCAGGAGGAACAAUCCCAUCAUCUUGUGGGCAUCAUUCAAGAACUGCAGUAAUUGACGUUGUGAUUUUGAUUGCUGUAAUUGGUGCUUGUGGGUUUUUAGUAUAUCCAUAUGUUAAGAUAAUAUUUGAUUGGAUUGUUGAAAUUGGUGGAUUUACUUGUGAUGCUAUGAAAACUGAAGUUAUUAGAGCUCCAAUGGUUUAUGUUUUUUUAGGACUAAGUAUGUUCUUUACAUUCAUGGCUGCAUGGAUGAUUUAUAAAUGUUCUAGUAUUAAAUGUGGAAAGCGUAAUUGUCUUGGCCUGCACAAGGCAGCGGAAUUUGAUAUUCAAAUUGAGACUGAAGAUUCUGUGAAGAAAUCAUCGAAUUCGAGUUCUUCUGUUGUGAAAGAAGGCAGUGGUGGUAAGGGUUUGUUGCAAUUGUCUAUUGAUCGCCAUAGAGAAUUGGAAGCUGAGUUGAGGAAGAUUGCGCCGCCGAAUGGAAGAGCUGUUCUUGUGUUUAGGGCGAGGUGUGGAUGUUCUGUCGGGAGAAUGGAAGUUCCUGGAGGGCCUGAACCAAAGAAGCAGCUUCGGAAAGUCAAAAAAUGAGCUGGGGUAUGGCGUGUCUUCUUGGAGGUGUGGCUGUUCUGUUCUUAUGUUAGUUUUUAUUUACCUUUACAAAAGUUAUAAUAAUUUGCUUUAAAAUAUUAUAAGCUACUUUUAAAUACAUAUACUGUAUGCAUGUAAGAGUUACUCCUGUUUUACUCCGCAAUAGAAACAAUUUCAACUUUUCAACUAUCGGCUGAUUCUGUCAUGCUGUGUUUAUAAAUUUGUCAUUGUUGGAUGUUA